AUGCCGAGCGACGACGGCCAGCACACUGCUGAGGGUAGUUCACGUAAGCGACUUAAGAUAUCGCGCGACGAUAGCCGUCCAGCUGGCAUGUCUCAGCCAGCCGACCUCAAACCGGCCACAUCACCAGCGAAACCUCGGACAGCAGUCAAGGUGGAGAAUGACUUACAUACCAAUGGAACGCCUUGCCACCACGAACAGGCCUUCCGCAGCCUAAAUGACAACCUCGACACGAUGAGACAGCUCAUCACGUGCAGGAUUUGCCAACGUUUCCUGUACGAACCUUACGCGCUCACUUGCGGCCACACGUUCUGCUACAGCUGCCUGUCGCAGUGGCUUGGACAGAAUCGUAAGAAGACAUGCCCAGACUGCCGCACAGUCAUCAAGCAGCAACCCAGCCCGUCUUAUCUGGUCCGCGAGAUGGUGUUGGUGUUCCUGAGCAAGAGUGAGCUUCUACCUGAUGGAGAGACGUCCGAAGAGCACAGCCAAUACGCAAAAGAGGAAGCCGAUAUCGUCGCAAAGGACAAAGCGAACACAGAUGCCAGGACUGGCGGUCUAUUCAAGGGAUCUUUCAACCCCGGUAGGCUGAUGCCUUUGAUUGCGAUUCGAGAUGCCAGCGACAAUGUAGACCGAUGUCCGCAGUGUCUUCACGAGGUGGAAGACGGCCGAUGCAAUACGUGCGAUGUGAGAGUUCGCGGGCAGGAUGACGAUUUGGACUGGAGCGAUGAGGACUCGGACGAGAGCGACGACCUCGAUCAUGACCUUGAUGCGGAGGACCAUGAUUUCCCUCUCGCAUUCGACUAUCCUGAAGGGUACAUGUACGACCCAGACGACUUUGAUGAUGACCUGGACGAUUUCGAUUACGGUUACGGCCCGCCUCCCCCAUUCAUUCCUUCGGAUGGUCCAGUAUCCGAUGUGUCUGACGAAGAGUCGGACGAGGAGGACGAUCCGUCAAUGAAUGGGUUCAUCGACGACGGCUCAAAUCACCAACACGACGAGAGCAGCGAUAUCAACGGAGAUUCUGACGGCACCGAGGUCGAGACUGUGCACCCUCCCAGCAGAGCUCGUAGGGCAAUGCCGAUUGUCGAUUCAGACGAUGAUGAGGAAGACGACGAUGAAGCAGAGCCCAUUCAGCCUCGCCGUCGCCGUGUUGUUGUCGUCCAGGCACCAAGUCGACGAACAUCAGAAGCGCCAUCGUCUGCUGGUGCUGACCCCACUGUCAUAUCAGACGAUGACGACGACGAUGAUGAGGGACCUGUCACGGCCAGCCAGCGAUCUCGCGGUGCUCGAAGAGUAAAUCUGCGCCUGGACGAUGACGACGACGACUCAGACAACGAGACUGAAACCACCACUCGCUCGGCCUAUGGUGGCUUUUCGCCGCCACAGUAUGACCUUACUGGCGACACCGACGACGAAGAACACGAGGACGAACACGAUUAUCACGACCACUAUGACGGCCAGAGCGCCACUUCAGGAGCGACAGAACAGUCGAUGGUCCAAUAUGGAUCCGACAAUGGAGAGGACGAUGAUUCUGAAGAUGAUGGGUGGGGUUCGGAUCUUCCCAGUGUGCUAUUUCAAGAUCAUGUUCUAACUCGUGCUGCAGAUACUCCAGCUGAUACCCGAAUGCCAUCUUGUGACCCAAGCCAUCGCCUGGCCACGCUUGGAUCUCGGCGCAGCCGACACGCAGACCCGCCUUCAGAUUCGCCGCCAAGCUAUGAUGAUCUGUUCUCCAACAUACCCACAAGUUCAUACACACGACAUCUGCAACCUCAGGAUCCACCAAGACGCACUCUUCAUGUCACUCGACAGCACGCUGGCACGUCUCAAUAG